UGAAAGGAGAGAGAACCGAUAAAGGGAACAGCCCGGAUCGGAAGGGAGAACUUUUCGGAGAAAAACAACUUCAGCACAGGACAACGGGCUCAUCAGAAAGAGUCCAGAGGUGAAGAUGGCACAGACGACAACACGGCGUGGGGAAUCCAGCGAUGAGAUGGGGGAGGACAACACACAGGAGAUGGAACUGACUCGCCUCAGGAAACAGCUACGAGGGAUGGAGAUUGACAGGAAGGCUUACGUGGAGGAUGCCAGCAACAUUCUGAGGAAACAAGAAGCAGAGAUAGAGUCAUUACUGAAGGAAAAUGAGGAGAUCCAGACAAUCCUGCGACUUGUCCAGAGCGAGAGGAAUGAAGGACUCGAUGCCACCAACGCCGCACAACUCUCCAAGCUGAUAGAGGAGGUGGAUGGUUACCACAAAGAGGUGGAACAGGAAAAAUCCAUGCUCAGUGCACUUGACAUUCAGAUCCUUACAGUUGAAAAACAGAUCCUGCACCAAAGGAAAAAACCAACAGGUCCGCGCGUACGGUCAGCGAGCAGCAUUCGACCAAUCUGCAAACGGCUCAAUGUCAUGGAAAACAGACUCCAUAAGGCCACUGUGAUGUUUAACCAGCAGUUAGCUAACAAUGCCAAGUUGAGAGCAGAAAUUGAUGACCUAAGACAGGAGAAGAACGUCUUUGAUAACUUGUACAAGAGGCUGUCUCGCCAAUUUGAGGAGCUAAAAAAAGAGAAGACAGUUGUUAUACAAGAGGCUACGCAGGCCUACGAAGAGAGAUAUGAGGCGCAGAACAAGAUGGUGACAUUGCGGGAGCGCGUAGAGAAGGACGAGGCGCUGAACGAGUCUGAGAUGAAGGAACUGGAGCGAGUCAUCCACCAGGAUAACAAGCUGAAGGAGUUCAUGAUUGCCACUCAGGACCGGGCCUUCUUCAAGGCUGAAGAAGAAGCCAAGAAAAGCAAAGGCCACGAGCAAGAACUGAAUCACUCAGUGGAGAAACAGAUCAUCGAGUCAUACGAGGAAGCGUUCUCCAUGAUCAAAGAGAUUACAGGGGAAGACGACUUGGAGAACAUCGUCAAUAACUUCAUUCAGAAGGAAGAUGAAAACUUCGCUCUGUUUAACUAUGUCAAUGAACUAAACGACGAAACAGAACAAUUGCAGGAGGAAGUCAACACCAUCAAGAAAAACAUCGUCACCUUCAGAGAGGACAACAUCAAGCUGGAUGAAGAGAGGAAGCAGUUUCUUAAGGAGUUGGAGAUUCGCACAAACCGGGCUGCAGCAGAGGCAGACGAGCUAGAGAAGGCACACACACAGGAGCGUAAAACGCUGGAGGAACUGAAGGGGGGCAUUGCCACACUGUUCAAAAUUGUGGACUGCGACCCUUCCAUGAUGAGGGAGAUGCUAGGCAGUGUGGACGAGGUCACAGAUAAGAACGUCAUGCAGUAUUUAGGAGUGGUGGAACAGAAGGCACUGGAGAUGCUACAUAUAUACCCAGUAUCUCGAUAUGAAGGUGAGUUAAGAAGGGUACCCCUCAGACACAGCCCUACCUCAUCCCCUGGCAUGCCUGGGGAGGAAGCGCCCAGGGCACCUACAACCACCAGCAACAGGGCUCCCUCCAUAAUGCCACCAAGCCUGGGUGGUACUGACGACGUCUCUGACGACGACAACGAGGAACUGAACAGUCGACCGUUCACGCGUGAGGAACUGAGCCAGCUGGUGCUGCAGAACCUGAACCGCCCACGCACUACCGUCUCCUCCUCCCCCAAUGCCACACCCAACCGCACCGCCACUAUCAAGGACACCAAGAAAAAGCCAACCAAAAAGUAGAGCAGGAUGGCUUUAAAAUAUAUUCAAGGAGCAACCUCACGAUAUAUAACUGCAUCUUUAUCAUGUGAAAGAGUUUUUGCAAACUGCUUAAAAUUUGAACUCCACCAAAACUUCCUUCGCUGUAAAAUUUUUCAGCUGUUCCACUUAAUUUUCUAGUAAACAUAUUUAUUAGCUAUGGCUUAUAGGUUUUUGAUACUUAACUUUAUUCACUUUUUGCAUUGUAAUGCAAUAUUAUAAGUUCUUUCUUACACCAAAAUGCAUUUUGAUAUGUACAGGUAUAAAUGUAUGUCAACUUUUCACGAAAACUUUAAAGGUGAUUUUAAUUUUUUUAUCAUGCUGUUUUACAGCAUUCAAAUGUGAGCAACUUUUAUAACAUUUUUGUACUAUUUUUAUACACGUAUAUGUGCACAUGCAAACUUGUAUUUCUGCUCUCAAUAUUCGGAAGUGCAUUGUUGGAAUAGAAGCUGUUAAAUUAUAGACAGCUUCUAUUAUAUAUAAAAUAUGCAAAACUAAAUAUCUUGUCUUGAAGUCUUCAUUUCAGUCUCAUUCUACAUAUAAACUGGUGCACUUUUUGUGAUAUAAU